AUGGCAAAAAAAAAAAUAUAUUUCAUUUUGUCUUGUAUAGGAAAACAUAAUAUCAAAAAGUUUGAUAUACAUCUUCAAAAAGAUGUACGUAGAAAUCAAUUGUUGCAACUUAGGAAAAAUAAGCGUGAACAAAUAUUGGCACAGAAAAGGAAUCUUGGUAGCUUUUCUUCAGCACCUAUCCUUAUCUGUGUUAUACCAUUGCAAAAUGACAUAGAUACAAAAAAUAUUGUAUCUCUUGUAACUAAGAUGGAUGAAACUGCUAAUGUUGCUACUAGUUCAAAUGGGAUUAUUCAUAUUAGUAUACCAAGGCUGAAACAACGGUUUUCUAUUAUUGUACCAUCAAUAGAUGAUAUUUUAGCGAUAUUAGAUGCAGCCAAAAUUGCUACCACAAUACUCUUUGUAACUUCUAUUACAAAUCGAGAAAAUAACGAUAAGCAAGGGCAGAUUAUAGAUGAUUGGGGCAAGGAAAUUAUUAUGUCUUGUCUUGCUCAAGGUUUACCUUCUACCAUAGUUGCAGUGCAUAAUAUUCAGAAACUUCACAUUAAAAAACGUCAGGAAUAUAAGCAAUCUGUGCAACGUGCAAUUUCAAAAUGGCUUCCUGAAGAAAAAGUAUUUGAAUUAGAUACUACAGCUGAUUGCUUAAAUAUGUUACGCCAUGUUGGAUUACAAAAACAAAGAAAUUUAUUUUACAAAGACAUAAGACCACAUCUUUUAGUUGAGGAAGUCUCCUUUGAAUCUGAUGAUAAUUCUCUUGACUUUGGAACUCUCAUGGUCAGUGGAUAUUUACGAGGCACAACACCAUUAUCUGUUAAUGGUUUGAUUCAUAUAUCAGGUUUUGGAAACUUUCAAAUGUCAUGCAUCAAAACGUUGAGAGAUCCAUAUUUAAUUGAACGUGAGCAGAAGAAAUAUCUUUCUGAUGAUAAAAUGGAAUGGAAAAAUGAAAUCGCAAUCUUAACUGCAGAUCCAGAAAAGCAGGAAUCUCUUGAGAGCGAAUAUAUUCCUGAUCCAAUGGAUGCUGAACAAACAUGGCCUACGAAAGAGGAAUUGGCUGAAGCAGCAAAAAAAAAUAGAAAUAGAAAAAUUGUAAAAGUUGUACCAAAAGGAACUUCUGAAUAUCAAGCUGCAUGGAUACCGGAUGAAGAUGGAGAAAGCCUGGGUAUAUAUUCAGAAAAUGAGUCAGAAGACAACAUGGAUGUGGAAGAGGCAAAAUCUGAAGCAGCUAGCAGUGAAAAUCUGGAAGAUGACGAACAAUAUGAAACUAUUACGAUAUCGGAAGCUCCUCUGGAUGAAGAACGUUACGAUCAAGAUAUUGAUAUGAUUGAAGAAAAGCAAGCCAUGGAAAACUUUAAAGAAGCAAAAUUGGAUGCACAAUUUCCUGAUGAAAUAGAUACACCUCAGGAUAUCUUGGCUAAAAUAAGAUAUCAAAAAUAUCGAGGUCUUGAAUCGUUCCGCACUAGUCCAUGGGAUCCAAAGGAAAAUCUUCCAAUUGAUUAUUCUCGAAUAAUUGAAUUCGCUGAUUAUGAUCGCAGACGAAAACGUAUUUACAAAGAAUGUAAAGAUAUCGAAGGAGUCAUGCCAGGAUGUUACAUACAAGUUUGUAUCGCUCGCGUUAGCAAAGAAACUUUCAAGACACUUGCUAUAAUAGAAAAUAAGCCAUUAAUAGUGGCCGCUUUACUUCCAUAUGAACAUAAAAUGUCUCUUUUAAAUGUUGUAUUGAAACAUUCAAGCAAUUACACACAACCAAUCAAGUCAAAGGAAAGAUUGAUAUUUCAGUGUGGAUUUAGACGAUUUACAACAUGUCCAAUAUUCAGCCAACAUACAAAUGGUGCUAAGCACAAGUACGAGAGAUACUUUCAUCCUGAAACUACUGUUGUGGCAAGUAUGUACGCUCCUAUUACUUUUUCACCAUGUCCAGUUCUUUGUUACGUCGAGAGUAAAAGUGGCAAACUUGAAUUAAUUGCAACUGGUAGUGUGUUAUCUUGUAAUCCCAACAGAAUUGUUUCAAAACGAGUUGUUUUGAGUGGUCAUCCAUAUAAAGUAAAUAAGAGAUCAGUGGUUAUACGUUUUAUGUUCUUUCACCGAGAGGAUAUCGAAUGGUUCAAGCCAAUCCAAUUGAGAACAAAAUAUGGACGUAGAGGCCACAUAAAGGAACCUCUUGGUACACAUGGGCAUAUGAAAUGCAUCUUCAGUAGUCAACUAAAAUCUCAAGAUACAGUGUUGAUGAAUUUGUACAAACGAGUUUUUCCAAAAUGGACUUAUGAACUUAUUUAUAAUAUAGCUAGCAGUGAAAAUCUGGAAGAUGACGAACAAUAUGAAACUAUUACGAUAUCGGAAGCUCCUCUGGAUGAAGAACGUUACGAUCAAGAUAUUGAUAUGAUUGAAGAAAAGCAAGCCAUGGAAAACUUUAAAGAAGCAAAAUUGGAUGCACAAUUUCCUGAUGAAGUAGAUACACCUCAGGAUAUCUUGGCUAAAAUAAGAUAUCAAAAAUAUCGAGGUCUUGAAUCGUUCCGCACUAGUCCAUGGGAUCCAAAGGAAAAUCUUCCAAUUGAUUAUUCUCGAAUAAUUGAAUUCGCUGAUUAUGAUCGCAGACGAAAACGUAUUUACAAAGAAUGUAAAGAUAUCGAAGGAGUCAUGCCAGGAUGUUACAUACAAGUUUGUAUCGCUCGCGUUAGCAAAGAAACUUUCAAGACACUUGCUAUAAUAGAAAAUAAGCCAUUAAUAGUGGCCGCUUUACUUCCAUAUGAACAUAAAAUGUCUCUUUUAAAUGUUGUAUUGAAACAUUCAAGCAAUUACACACAACCAAUCAAGUCAAAGGAAAGAUUGAUAUUUCAGUGUGGAUUUAGACGAUUUACAACAUGUCCAAUAUUCAGCCAACAUACAAAUGGUGCUAAGCACAAGUACGAGAGAUACUUUCAUCCUGAAACUACUGUUGUGGCAAGUAUGUACGCUCCUAUUACUUUUUCACCAUGUCCAGUUCUUUGUUACGUCGAGAGUAAAAGUGGCAAACUUGAAUUAAUUGCAACUGGUAGUGUGUUAUCUUGUAAUCCCAACAGAAUUGUUUCAAAACGAGUUGUUUUGAGUGGUCAUCCAUAUAAAGUAAAUAAGAGAUCAGUGGUUAUACGUUUUAUGUUCUUUCACCGAGAGGAUAUCGAAUGGUUCAAGCCAAUCCAAUUGAGAACAAAAUAUGGACGUAGAGGCCACAUAAAGGAACCUCUUGGUACACAUGGGCAUAUGAAAUGCAUCUUCAGUAGUCAACUAAAAUCUCAAGAUACAGUGUUGAUGAAUUUGUACAAACGAGUUUUUCCAAAAUGGACUUAUGAACUUGUAUGA